AUGAAGCAAAACCGGAUCCUAAUUCCUCUCUUCUGCGCGGCCGCCGCCUUCUUCACCCUGGCCCUUGUUCACCAGCUGGGCCGCGAGACAGAGCUGUUGCAGCAGCACAUCAAGCCGGGCACUUACCUGCAAGUCAGCGGACCGUCACCGAGGAAUUCAAAGCUGACUCGUGUCCGCCCGCUUCCUCGCCCUGUGCACAGCAAUGCCUCCCGAGACACGAACCAGCAAAGCGCUUCUUUCGAGCAAGUCGCGCUCAAGCACGGCACCGACAAAGUCACCACCCACAGCUAUCAGCACAUGUAUGAAAAAUAUCUUUUGCCUCUCCGAAGCCUGCCCUUAAAGAUGCUGGAAAUCGGGCUUGGCUGCAACAUGGACUAUGGCCCUGGUGCAUCUUACUAUACCUGGCUCGAGUAUUUGCCCAACGUUGAACUGUACUUUAUCGAAUUUGACGCACUGUGUGCAAACAAGUAUCAAGACAAGACGGCCAAUGCCCACGUCUUUGUUGGCGAUCAGGCGGAUGCUGAUUUUCUCGAGCGUUUCGCCGCCGACACGACGGCCCACGGCCUGUUCGACAUCGUGGUUGACGACGGCGGGCACACGAUGGAGCAGCAAAUGACAUCGCUGGAACGUCUAUGGCCAAUCGUCAAGCCCGGGGGGCUGUACGUGAUUGAGGAUCUUCAAACAAGCUAUUGGGUGGACUACGGCGGUGACCCUUCGACUCGAGACCCGGCCAAGCACACAACCAUGAAGUACCUGUACGGGAUCUUGGACGAGUUGAUGGCCAAGAGCGGAUCCAACACCAUCAGCCAUGACUUGCUGUCAGUAGAGUGCAUGGCGGAGAUUUGCACAUUGCAAAAGCAUGGCGAGUGA